AUGCAGGCUGCUGCAUCCCUCUCCCUCGCGUCCUCUCCCUCAUCCGCCACCGCCUCCAGAUCCGCUCGAUUUGCGGAGUAUUCAGGCUCGGACGCUUUCCUGAGACCUUUUUCGUCACUAAGGCUCUGCGGCCUCAGAAGGGAGGUCCUCGCGUCCCGCUUUCUCCACCGCCAUUGGUCGAGCAGAACCGCUCUGUCCUGCGCUCGGAGACCGCCAAGGAAGGUAUCCGCGGCGGCUACUGACAACGGAGGCGCCGCCAAGGGCUUCGACUACGACCUCGUAAUUAUCGGAGCCGGUGUUGGCGGCCAUGGAGCUGCGAUCCACGCAGUCGAGAGGGUAUGACUUACGUCCCUGUGCUCACUGGACUCGGCUGGCUUCCGGUUUUUCUGUUUCGUUGUUGUAGAUUGCACGUUUCUGAACUGUUUGAUCAGAUACCUGGUAUCCUCGGAUAAUCUACUGUCAUUAAUUAACUAGUUUUCGUGGAAUGAACACAAUUUCUUUGUGCAGCCAACUACACCCGCUAUGUAGCCCAUACAUACAGUUACACGAAAAAAGUGUAUCUACAUGUUAAUUAUAAACGUACGUGUUUCUCGAAGAAUUUUUCAAGGUUUUCCGAUCAGGGUUGGUUGUUUUGUGCAGACUAUUGUUUGUCUCCCCAUCUUAAUGAGAAUUACUUUAUUUCUGGAUCGACUGAAGACAUGGGAAUGAUUAAGAAAUCAAAGGACACGUUUUUAUUACAGGAAAAUAUAUGACCAUGCAGAUGGUUGGCAGAUUCAAAUUGAUCUGCCAUUAAAAAUGUUUUGUAAUUUUUUUGAAUGUUCCCUGCACACAUUGUGCACUGAGAUAAAAAAGAAGAACACCAAGAUAUUUGCUAUUAAAGGAUCCAGAAAUUUUUAAUCGUUUUGAUUCACUUUGGACAAAAGGUGGAUUACAUCAGAAGACCAUCAUGGAACAAUGUAUGUUGCUUUCAACGAGCUCCAUUUCAAGAUUUGAAAAGACGGGUAGAUAGAACCAAGCCAAUGUACUCUCAUUUCUGUUUAAGGAAAGAAGAACCCGUGGAUAAUUGAAGAAUAGUUAUGGACUUCAAGUUUCAUGGUGGUUAAUGAAAAAAAGAGAUUUUGUUGCUUUAAAAAUGAUAACAUGUUCCCGCUAGUACAAAAUAUUUUUAGUCAUUUAAGUAGUUGCUGAGAUGACCUCGUACUUGCCUUUAGAUCAAAUAUGAACCAUUAGUCAAUAACUACUGGGUUAAUAUAUCUUGUAGUUGGCAGAUUAAAAUAGAUAUAUUAUAAAACAUCAAUGGAGGAGAGGAAAGCUAUACAUAUAUUUUCUCAGAGUAAACUCAGGUGAUGGUUUUUUGGGUGAAACAGGGAACUUAGCUCAGGAAUGGGGUCUAGUAUUGAGAAAAAAAUGAGGAUAAAUACAUUAUACUAUGUAUGUAAAGCCGAGCACUGUGUAUAUUAAUCGAUUAUUCUCAGCGUUCAGACUGAUGUCGAUUGGUGCUAGCCAGAUUGUCAGCUCGGAAAAUAAAAAAGAUUUCAGAACAUACACUCUGGGUUAUCCUAACCUGAUUAGAGUCCAGUUCGUGUUUCAGAACACCUGGGUGAUUCCGAAGGGGUUGGCACCACUUCAAAGAAUGUUGUCUCAUGAGGCUAUGCAAAACAUUGUACAAAUAUGCACUCCAGAAGUGACUUUUAACAUAGUGGCCAUGUUGGCCCUACAUUUCCGAUUUCCUCAGCUUGCCAUUCUAGCCACCAUGCCCACGUAAGAUCUACCAACAAUCUAAUCUUUCUGACCUCUUAUGGCCUUUCCUAAGCUUUCUUCAUUAGAAUUAUACGGCAUACAAGUGAAGAUUUACGGGAAGAUGUCUAGCUUUCAUCAAAGACUUUGGGAUUAUGAACGUCAUUAAUAUGUGAUGCCAAUUUAGUCCCGUUCAAGGAAUGACCGUACGCUUUCUUUCCAUUUGAUCUCCUUCACUGUGAAACUGUACGUCCCAAUUCACGUUGCUGACAUGAAAAAAAUUACAUGUUCUACACACUCCUACAUCAAUACAUUGGCUAAUGAUUUAAGACUGCUUUCAAAUGAUAUCCUGGGCUAUGAAGGCUUCAAUGCUGCUCUCUGUAAGGAAAUAUGUAGGCUUUGUUCUUGGGCUUAUAAUCCAGACAAACUUUAGUAAUUAUGGUGAUUCUCACUGAUGACAGAUUGUUAACCUUCAUAUGUUGACUUGCGUCUUUUUUGAAAUCAAAAGCUGGAAAAUUAUUACUUUGUGUCAAGUGAUUCAAUCGAUAUUACCAUCAUAACUGGCUGUCAUAUGAUUUUGAUUUUGUGGAGCGUGGUUGUUGCAGGGUCUGAAAACAGCGAUUAUUGAGGGUGAUAUUGUUGGUGGAACAUGUGUGAACAGGGGUUGUGUUCCUUCAAAAGCUCUUCUAGCUGUUAGCGGUAGGAUGCGUGAACUUCAGAGUGAGCAUCAUUUGAAGUCCUUAGGUAUACAGGUGAUGGAUCUCCUCUCUGCUUAUCAUAUCCCGUCUAGCUUUUAUGCUGCCUUUUCCUGUAAGAAUAUCCUAUUUCUCUUCAGGUUUUUUCUUCUUCUUUACUUGGAUCAUUGAACUCAUUUUCUUAUGCUAUUGAUGAGGAAAUAUCCCCAUUGCAGUCAAUGUUUUCAUUUACGAAUCAUGACUAAUGAUGGGUGAUGACUUUUAGAGUAAAAAAUUCUACCAUUGGAUGGACAAUUGAUAAAAAAUCGAACCAUUCUAGACAGUAUUCCGAGAUAUUUAUGCAGUCGUAGUUAGAAAGAUAAACGUGAGAAAUACAUUGAGCAUACAUUUACCUGACGAAAAGGUAACUUGAAAAGCUAAUCUCCUAACUUUGUCCUGCGUAAUUUUUAUUAUUGACUUCAUGAAAACCUUGUCCUCCAUUAUAUCAUUUUUUAUCUUACAUUUGUAUCUAGUGUGUUAAAUAAAUAAUAACUAUGCGAUGUAAAGUCCGUUUAGUUCUGUGUGCAUCAAUGACUGCGGAAGUUCAGAGGUGAAACAAGAAAUGACAAAGUAGCAUGGCAUGCUUAAUACGUUUCUUAUUUUUCUAUCAAUUUUUCAACUCGAAGUUUUUCAAAACGGGGAUGUUUGACAAGGCUUUAGUCUUCCAUUUCUGAUUAACGAGUUUGUUUAUCAAACAUGAUGCAGUAGUGUCAUCUGUUGGCUGUAUCUUAUUUCAAGUAGUUCAUUAAUUACUUCUGCAUCUUUCCCUGGGACUCAUUUUAAUUUUAACUGUCUCUUUCCUGAUAAAAUGCUGUGCCAAUGUUUGAAUCAAGGUUAAUGUUGAGAAUGCAUCUUUUCUGUAGGCGUGCUUUAGCUGUAAGAUUGUAGGUCUGCACUUCAUCGUACUUAUGAAUUUUCUGCCUUCAUUGACGGGAAAGAAAGUCUGUUACCUAAUAUUGGGUUCGUCUGAAACCCAUUGGUGUAUCUGUUUGAUCAUAAUUUUCAACAUCACUAGUACAUCUCACCUGAUUGUCUUGAUCUAUAGGUCUCCGCUUCUGGUUAUGAUAGACAAGCCGUAGCUGAUCAUGCAAACAAUCUAGCUUCAAAGAUUCGCGGCAAUUUGACCAAUUCAUUGAAAGCUUUAGGAGUGGACAUAUUAACCGGUGUCGGCACAAUUGUGGUUAGUAGUGUGCAUUAUUUUCUGUACAUGUAAAUGAAAUUUUUAUGCAUCAGGACAUCUGUUAACAGUUUCCUUUGGCCCCUUAUAUGUCGUUUUGUUGAGUUUCAUCAAUCAAUCUUGUUCAUCAUUCUUUUUUGCAUGGGUUUCUUUUUUUCAUGGGUUGAAAAUGGAAAUGAAAAACCAGCAAUGUUUGAAGGUUGUGCUUAUUGAAGGUUUAAUAUUAACAUAUCUUUCCUACUUAAAACAUAUUUCUUUGUCAUUGAACGUCAGUUGAUGAUGUCACUUUUAAGGUAUUUGGUGAUUACCUCAUGAUGUCUUUGAAUCAGAAUAGAUUUAUAAUUUUCAUCAAAGAACUGAUGUACAAAACUCAACAUCAGAUCUACUGUUGCUAAAACGCCAUAGGGUUCGGUUAGUUGCAGAGCAGACUUAACAGUAUUAGUUACAAGCUCAAACUUCAUGUCGUAGAACCCCUAUGCUUUAGAUACAGUAACCGCUUAGUUUUGCAAUAGAAAAGUUUCUUAUUUUGUAAUAAAUGCCGUCAAUAUUAGCUACACUACAUUUAUUUUUUCUCUUAAGAUUCUUCCAUGUUCAUAAAAUUCCUCUGUUUAGUACACGAAUUGGUCAUUAGAAAGGCUUCCGUUGUAGAAGCUUAUUUAGGUUUUGUUGGCUAUGUACUAUUUUCUGCGAGUUAUCUUGAAAAAACAUUGAAGGAAACAAUGGACUAUGAUGUUUGUCUUCAUGGAUGAGUUCAGGGCAAGCAAAAGGUGAAGUAUGGAAAGGUUGGGUUCUCCGACACCGAAGUUACUGCCAAAGACAUAAUAAUUGCGACAGGAUCUGUCCCCUUUGUUCCCAAAGGCAUCGAAAUAGAUGGUGAUGUCUCGGAGUAUAUGUAUAUUUAUUUAUUUAUUUUCGCAACCUUCUUUUGAUUGUAUCGUCCAGUCUCUGUAUGACACUUUCGUUACUGAGGUUAGCCAUACACUCCAAAUGUUUCUAGUGAUUUUUAUGACAUUACUAAAUGAUACAAGUCUCGGUUUAUUUAUACAAUGAGAAAGUAUGAGUUUGUCUAAUUAUAAUAAAACGAGAAUUAGCCUUUCAGUUCCUAUACGCAGAGAAAAUUUCGCACAGAUGAAGGAACCUAUUCUAAAUACUGUCUGAUCUAUUCUAAUAUAAUUCGUUGUAUAGUUAUAUUGUCUUCUCGCAACCAAUGGAUUUCUAUUCAAGCUCUCUUUUUCUGUAUGACAUUUCUUCUGAUUCAACGUCAUGCUUUGUAUGACAUCGCUGACCUAAUGAAAAUUGUCUCACUAGGAACUGGAGACACUUAAUAGAGAACAUAGAAGAAGAGAAAGGUUGAGACAAUCACCCAUUAACAAAGCCUUUUGAUGUCCAGAUGCGACACACAUGGCCAUACUGAAUCCACUUUUCUCAAAGACGUACCUAAUGAAGAGAGGAGCCACUCCUUCAGAUAUAAGGAAACAAGGGGUAUGUUCCUGGGGGUGCAAAGCCCUGAGAAUUUCUCAGAUGUACCGAAGAGGGAGAUGAGAGAGUGUUUGGGAAAACAAAUCCAACAAACUGUUCUUUAUGAGACUUUGCUUGAGUUCCAUAGAAAUUUGACAUAAAUGGAGUGCCCUAGAAGAUACUUUUGAUUGUACCUAAACAUUUUGUUACAUGAGUUGGAUCUUCUUUUUCUUCUGCUACUGAUCUUCGUUAUAAAUAUUGGGCCAAGUUUUAUUUACUUUUUAUAGGAUGUUGUCUUAAUUCUUAGCACAAUUCAAGGCCAAAAUUGGUCCCGCAUGCUGUUCCCAAAGUAUCAUCUUGGGAAAAACUCUUGUAAUUAAAAUCUUUUUUUCCGAUAACUGGAUGAAUCAGUGUGUCGAAUUUCUCCGUUCUAAAAUAACAAUUUCAGAUAAGUGCAUGAACCAUCUGAAUUGAGUCUAAACAUUGGAGUCGAAUACUAAUAGCUCUUCUAAACAUGGCAUAAUAUAUCGAAUAUAUUUCAGUUAGAUUGUAUACGUGGUGUAUCUAUACAAUCUUGUUGUAUACGUGGUAAUAAACAUCAAUGAGUAUUGUUAUAUUGUUACAUUUAGUAUUUUCUUUUGAAAAUGGAUGAUAAUAUUGUUGUGAUGGUGAUGCUAACAAAUGACAGAGUUUCAUUUUCAUAUUAAUUACUUCAUUUUUUGUGACAAGUAAUGCUUUGGAAGAACUUACUCUUGAAUCAUGUUGCUUAAUUGUCUAUACCUUUCAGCAUCCCUUUUUUCUGUUACUGAAACUUUUUAUUUUUCAGGUAAAACUGUUUUUACUAGUGAUCAUGCGCUCAAGCUGGAAUGGGUUCCUGAUUGGAUAGCUAUCGUUGGAAGUGGUUAUAUUGGACUAGAAUUUAGCGAUGUUUACACAGCCCUUGGAAGCGAGGUAUCCAUUUAGUUUUCCAGUAUAAUUUACAUCUAUAGUUUUCACAAAAUGAAUAAUUCCGAUUGUCUAUCUUCAUCCAGUAGUAUCUGCAUCUGUCUCGAAUCCAUUGCUUUAGUUAUCAGAAAUAAGUACCCUUUAUCUUUCUGUUUAUUCUGCUGUUUCUCAUUGUGUAGUUUCAAGGCUUAUUUAUGUUUAAAGAUCAUAUGGGUGAUGUAGUUUAGAUAUUAUCAUGUCUUUCCGCUGUAUUUAUUGAUUUCUCCUCCACAGGACGCUUGCAUUAUCAGUUUCGAAAGGUUUGGUCAGAUAUGUGCGUUGUAGGCCUCAGAACUCAUGGGAAAAAUCAUAGCUAUCCCGUUCCACUGAAUGUAGUUUAAUUUAUAAUGUUCUAGAUUUUCUCCCUAAUUCUUCCGUUUUUCCUUGAACUUUAGUUGUGUUCUUUCCUUCGUUGUUACAUUUCGUCCUUCCUGUUAUUGAAACCGUACGCUCCCAUCAGUUACACACUAUGUUUCAUAGUCAACCACGUGACAGAGUUGACUGACAACUUUCGAUCGACUCAGAGUUCUAGAACUCCAUCUUCUUUUUGCCUAGAAAAUCAGUGGUGGAGGCAGAUUUUUGCCUUGUGGUUCCGUCCUCAGUAUGUCUUUCCUCUUGUCUCCUCUUUUUCUGGUCUCUUACGACGAGUUAUAACGAAUGUGCAGGUUACCUUCAUUGAAGCUCUUGAUCAGCUAAUGCCUGGUUUUGAUCCUGAGAUUGGGAAAUUAGCCCAGAGGAUUCUCAUCAAUCCUCGGAAGAUCGAUUACCAUACAGGUGUUUUUGCGAGCAAGGUAAUUUCCAAGGGGCAUCUUCAUUCUCUCGUGCUAGUUUCGAUUGAUGUAACAACAGAGGGUCAACUAGUUGCAUUGUUUCUGGUGUUUUAAAUAGAUCACUCCGGCAAAGGAUGGGAAACCUGUCACAAUUGAACUUAUUGACGCAAAAACAAAAGCACCAAAGGACACACUUGAGGUACACUUUGAUAUUCUUGGUUUUUCUUAUAACGACUGUGCAUAUAGCAGUUACUAUUGAUGGGGACUUUCUUUAAAUCUCUUUUCUUCCUGUAAAUAGAUGGGCUUUCUUAUCAAUUGUUUCUAUUUCUUGUCUUUGUGGGUUAAAUCAGUGACAACGUAGCUGAGGGUACACCUUGCACUUUUAUGGUAGAAAACAAUCAUGGGACAGGCAGAGAAGGAAGACAAUGGAAAAUGUUUAAUAUAUUCUGAAGGCAUGUUAACUAACAAAAAGAGAUCAGCUGCUCAUCGGUGCUACUGAAAAACAUUAUUUUCCAAUCACUUACUAGACAAUAAAUAUUUUUCAGUGAGUUGAUUUCCAUUUAUCCAGCCAGAGCAUUUGGUCUUUUGUCAUACACCUAAUGACGGGAGUGAAAACGGAGCGACCCAACAUCAUUUCAUAUUCUCGUUUAAUAGAGGAGUGUCGGGUUACCAGUGUACACAUGCCCGCCCUAAAAUACAAGUGGACACUCCACCGUUUCCAUUAAAAAGAAAUGAAUGGCAGAUCUAACAUCAGCCUAGGGGAAACUCUAUAAUGCAUCUUCAACAAAAGGGCAGAUAUCUCAUUUUGCCUCUGGCUUUGCAAAUCCACCAGUUUUCAAUAUAUAUGUCAAAACUAGUGGUCUUGCUUCUAUUCCCUUUUUUUCCUCUCCAUCAUUUUCUGUAGGAAUCUCCUUCACUUAUGAAAUGGUUCGUAAGACUUUAUAACUUAAUCAGUCUAAUUUGCUUCUUCAUUUGUCUACUAUAGGUGGAUGCAGCUCUUAUAGCGACUGGAAGGGCUCCAUUCACAAAAGGGCUCGGCUUGGAGAACGUAGUUUCUAUGCUAGUUCCAAUAUGACUGAAGAAAAUCGGAAUAUUUAAUUGAAAAUUGGUUAACACUAAAACAUUUCUCGAUUUUUUUUGCAGAUAAAUGUUGUGACUGAACGUGGCUUUGUUCCUGUCAAUGAGAGGAUGCAAGUAAUUGAUGCGAAUGGUAACCUGGUCAGUGAUUGUAUGAACAACACGCUUGCCCUAAAUCUAAUUUACUCGUUGUUCUAUGCGUGAAAACAUUAUUUAGCACCGCACCCAAUGUCUUCUCUUAAACGGAUUUACUAGCUGCGGAUUGAGAGCUAAUUCCUCUCUGAUUAUCCUAGGUGCCUCACGUAUACUGCAUUGGUGAUGCUAAUGGCAAACUGAUGCUUGCCCAUGCCGCUAGUGCACAAGGCAUCUCAGGUAGAUCUCACUUUUUCUCUGAAGCAGCAAUCUAAUGUUCGGACGACAGCUAACUGACUGGAUUGUGCCUCCAAUCGCUCCUGAAAAAUAGUUGUCGAGCAAGUUUAUGGGAACGACAACGUGCUUAACCAUCUGAGCAUUCCAGCCGCCUGCUUCACCCAUCCUGAAAUCAGCAUGGUCGGCCUCACAGAGGUACUUCGCUUCAUUUGACUAUUAUUCAUGCUAAAACCUUAAAGAGAAUGUGAGCCUCUGUCGUUGUACAUCCCAUUGCUUCUGAGAAUGUGAUGCUAACAUUCAUACCCUACUCCUGUCUCUUUUCAUGGAUCUAAUCUAGAACGCAGAAACCUUGGUCAUUUUCCUUUUCCCUGUUUCAUGGUUUCUGGUUUAUUUUCUUACAUUAGUCUGGUGUUGAUAAUGCUGAAUCAGGCGCUUUCCAUUAGUCCCUGACUCCAUUUGGGCAUUCAAAUUUGCUGCUCCUCCAGCUAUUCAUCUCUUUAAAUCCAUCGAAGAUUUAAUUCUUCCUAGCAACAUUUUAGAGAAAUCAUCUCGGCAUUGUUGGUAAACUAUAUAUUCAUUGUCCGCUUCUAGCUGUCUCAUCAAUCACUCCUAAGAAAGGUCGUUUAAGUUAGGGUAGACCCAAAAAAGAAGAAAUCGUUAGUAGUUUGUGCACUCUUUAGGUAAUUGCCCUUUAUUAUCCUAACUAAAGGUGACUUCUCUAUUAAUUCUAGAAAUUAAGGGAUGCUCGUUGACUGAUAUAUGAAUUACCGACAUCCAAAAUUGUAAGGACGCCUCAGUUGAUCGAGGGUAAUAAUGUUUUUUCAUGAUUUUCAGAAGUCUUCAUGAAUUAAAUGUCGAGGAUUCCUCUUCAAGUCAAACAAGGAAAUUAGUGUUCCAAAUGGAAGCAAUUCCUCGGAUUUGUAGAUUACUUUUGACAUACUUCUUUGACCAUGUUGGAUAAAAUUUAUAGCUCCUCUCUCUCUCUCUCUCUCUCUCUCUCUCUCUCUCUCUCCCCAUAUAAAUUAUAUAGAUAGAUAGACAUAUCUGAUGAUAUAUAUUUUUGGUGUUCAUUAGGGACAAGGAAAAUUAGUGUUCCAAAUGGAAGCAAUUCCUUGGGUUCAUAGAUUAUUUUUGGCAUACUUCUUUGACCACGUGGGAUAAAAUUUAUAGCUCCUCUCUCUCUCUCUCUCUCUCUCUCUCUCUCUCUCUCUCUCUCCCUCUCUCUCUCUCUCUCCAUAGAAAUUAUAAUAUAUAUAUUUUGGUGUUAUUUUCAGCCUCAAGCGAGAGAGAAGGCUGAGAAAGAGGGCUUCACCGUCAGUGUAGCUAAGACCAGUUUCAAGGCGAACACCAAAGCUUUAGCAGAAAACGAGGGAGAGGGUCUGGCCAAGGUAAACCCUUAACCUACAGACCAUUGAAAUGGCGAUCCUUACCACCUAUGCUCAUAUCUCUAUCCGUUGUUAUGUUAACCCUUACCUCCACCAAGGAUCCAGUCAGAGCUCUGAUUCUCUCCCAACAUAAACAAGAGGAAACCCUAGUCCUCUUGUUUUUUGAAGAUUCCUAUAGUUUUUUCCGAUCAUUAAACUAUGAUAUUAUGUUGUUCUAGAUGAUCUACAGACCAGACACUGGGGAGAUCCUCGGAGUUCACAUAUUAGGGCUGCAUGCUGCAGACCUCAUCCAUGAGGCAUCCAACGCGAUGGCCCUGGGGACGCCCAUCCAGGUGACUUCUUCUCCGACGACCCAUAAUAGUAUUAGUUUAUCUCUCUCCCUGAACCCAUCAGAUUUAGUUAAAUGGAUUCGAAUAUGAUAUCCUGCAGGACAUCAAGUUUGCGGUGCAUGCCCAUCCGACCUUAUCUGAAGUGCUUGAUGAACUCUUCAAAUCUGCCAAGGUAAUGCCCCAUUCAGAUCUUAUUGCAUCAAUCGUCGAUUUGUCUUCGUUGGCACAUGCAUGGCUGCUCUCUCUCUCUCACUCUCUCUCUCUCUCAAGCUGGGUGUGUUGUGCCUAUUUGGGGUCUAAGAUCAUAUGGGUCCAGCUGGAAAGCCUGGAGGCUUUUUCUUUGUCAUGCGGGAGUCAGUUCUCUCUCUAUCUCUGUGUCUCCAGAAAGGGAGAGGGAGAGAGAGAGAGAGAGAGAGAGAGAGAGAGAGGGAGAGAGUUGGAACUAUUUGGACCCAGGAUCCAAAUGAGUCCAGGCCGGAAGAGUCCUUUUUCCCACAGAAAGGCCACACACAGGAGGCUCUCUCUCUCUCUAUCUCUCUCUCUCUUUCUGAAUCGACGGCGCCCGACAAAUUUAUUUAUGCAUUAACGACCGAGAUCUGUGUCUCUGCUCCAUCAGGUUGAUAUCGGCACCUCUCACGCCGUCACCGAGCCGGUCCCGGUCUAG